AUGCUGAAUUGUUACAACGAGGUUCAACCUACAAUAUUUAAACGAGGCAAAGGUAGGGGGCGAGGCGACUCUCGUGGACGUGGACGUGGACGGGGCAAAAGGGGAACCAGCAAUAACAACGCCGGAGGCGAUGGGGGCCGCGGGAACUUCAGCCAGGGCAAUACCGAGUCAGGCUACGGCCAAUCCAACUACAAUAACGGCUAUCCGGUCAGUGGCUAUGGUUUCUCAAAUGGGGGUUCUGGCAGCUAUGACAAUGAUCACGGUAGUGGCCGAGGGCAGGCGGAUACUCGGCGACCGGACACGCCAGAUGAUGAGUUCUCGGGCUACUCCGCACCAACGAAACCGGAGGCGAUGUCAUUCGGUGGCUUCAGUGAAGCGCCGCCUCCAAGACUAAGUCGCAACCCAGAACUCCUGCCCAGCGUCCCUCAAAAUAACGCUGCAUCUGUCGACCAUUACAGUCACAACGAAGGGGCUAGCUUCAAUGAGGAAGGGAGAAACCCGGCAUCUUCAUCUGAGGAUGUAGGGUCUCGGACUUCCAGCGAAGACAAUCCCGAAAUCCCCCCAAGUGCCACUGCAUUUGUCGAGACAAAUUUGAAACGAGUCUUUGCUUUAAGUCCCGAAAAACAGGCUAUAGCCAAGGAGCAAAUGGGGAAAUUGUUGAGAAUCGCCAAAACCGAGAAAUUAUUUUGGGCGAAUGACUGGACGGCACAGCGGAUUCCAAUCUUGGAUGACAACUGCGAACUCGAGUUGGAAUGUCAACGGUUGGAACGGAUGCGUCGACAGGGCAAGGGGCCCAAGCAAAAAAUAACUAGAAAAAGUCCCCAUCAUCCUCCUUUUGCAGAAACAGUCAGACGCGAGAAUUUCAAUCACGAUCCUGCUUCAACACAUGAGAAUGGAGCCAUUGUGGAAGAGCAACCGCACGGUUUUCUCCAUAAUAGCACCUCUUUUGAGUCCUCCACUGUCCACGACGAGCCCCAUACCCACAACCCACCAGGAAUUCCUCUCGCAACUCGACCUUUACCUCGUGAAUAUGACGUUGACCUAUUGGGUGUUUCUCUAGCAAAUGCAAGUGCCAAAGGCCACAUUCAUACAAACAACGAUUCUGGAACCAUUGGCUUUAACGAUAAUUUAUCGAGUGCUGCUGCUGAAUCGGAUACGUCCUCAGCCAUGAAACCCAUGUCUUAUGCAGAUAUCAACGCCAAGCACAAGGGCAGUGACGAUUACGUCUCCAGCGAGCGCAAGCGUCAACGACGCGAACGUUUUGAACUCCAUCCCAGCAACGGCAGCCCUUCCUCCGCGAGUGUCCUCCCCACCGUAUCACCCGAUGGCAGUAAUAGCGGUGCGUUUGUAGGUAAAAGCGUAUCGCUCGAGAAAGAUUAUUUGCGGUUGACAUCGGCGCCCGAUCCAGAUAAAGUCCGGCCGCAAUGGGUGUUGCAAAGAAGCAUAGCGCAUGUGCUCGACAAGUACCACACGAUGGAAGUCAACAUUGCUUACGACUACAUCAAGAACCAGCUCAAGCUGAUCCGGCAAGACCUCACUGUGCAGCACAUCAAGAACGAGUUCGCUAUUGAGAUAUACGAGCAAAACGCGCGGUUAUCCAUCAAGCACAACGACUUGGGCGAGUUUAACCAAUGCCAGACCCAAUUGAAGAACUUGUACCACAUGCGUCGCUCCUCAUCGUCAGACCCUGCUCUGCCGCGCCGCCAUUGCUUCAUCAGCUGCGAACUCGAGAUGUUGUGCUACAGAGUCAUCUACAUGAUGAUCACGCGGAACAACAGCGAGAUAAUGAAACUCAAAUCGUUAUUCGCGCGCGACUACUUGGAAUUCGCGUACCCUGAACCACACCAGAUUUACCUCGAGUUGAUCAAUGCGUUAUUCCGCUGCAACUUCAACAAGUUGACCACCAACUCGAUCCGAUUCUUCCUGCAGUUGGCUACAUUCAAACACAAGCGCGACACGGCGCUCGCACUACAGAUGAUUGAUAAUUUUUUAGCUGAUAAAGUGCGAUUAGUGCAAUUGGGCAACGUCUGCGCCAGUUACCACAAGAUGAGCUUGCGUGUGUUGCUGUCGCUAUUAGCUUUCCCCCAAGAUGAAGAAUCAGGAGACGAGUGUCGCCGAUUCUUGAACAGGUUGAAAUUAGCUGCUCCAUUUAUCUCCAACGAGGAUUUCGACGCUAAGCGCGCCAAGAGCGCCGUCAUGGCGAAGAUUGCAUCGAGUCAGAAAGUAGACAUCAAGGGCCAGAAAUGA